UUUGUCAAAACCCAAUCGAGGCCGCCUUGCAACGACAAAAGGGGCAUGCUGAGAGGGUCGGUAUUGGUGGCAAGGAGGGAGGCGGCCGUUGCUGGACCAUCAGUAUCACGUCUAUCGCACAGGAGCGGCUUAGCAGCUCGCGCGUACCAGCUGCAGCGAGGGACACGCAGGGACGCCUUGUUGUGGGCUCAUCGCACGCUCGCAACCUCAUCCCCCUCUUCGGUCUCCUCAGCGUCUCUUCCCUCCUCGUCCGCCCAAUCCUACUAUCAGAAUGACGACCCCCAACAUGGCGAAUCGCCACAACUACAGCAGCUCCGAGAGCUUCGCGACCUUAUUGUCGAGUGCGGCGGCACCAACUCCAGAAUAGAAAAGGAGAAAUACCUGCGCGCUUCGACCUCGCAAGACUCUGCCAAUCUGCUGCUCUUUCUCUACGACGACCAUGUCCGGCUCUACACGAGUGCUUCCCAGCUCAUGAGCUACCUGCGCCAGCACGGGCUCGUAGAUGGCGAUGUGUCCAAGUCGAGGCAGACGACGCUCCCACAUGAAGAAGAGGCCCGGCGGGUCCUGUAUGCCUGCGGCCACGGUCUGCUGCCGUCGAUGCACGACGUGCUUGGCCUGCUCGACUCUCGCGAGGUGAGCGGUCACCUCGCGCUGUCGGUCCUCGCCAUCUUUCUGCAGGACUCGGGAGCACUGCAGGCGACGAGCGACGAGACGACGGCCUGGCGAGUCGAAGACAGCACGACAGAGUCGGGCUCCAAGACGAGCAUCGAGGAGCUCGUCUCGCGGGCCGCCACGAGGCUGACGGUCCUCGAGUGCUUCUGCAGAUGCCUCGAUCGAAAUCUCCGGGUAGGCAUCAAUGCAAAGACGCUUCGCUCCGUCUUUGUCAAGGGGAGUCCAUCGACGGGCUUGACGUCAGGGAAAGAGAGCCGGGCCGGCGACGCCGAGGAGGACCCAAGGACAAAGACGACAGAUCAAGACAGACGAUCAAGGGGCAAAAGCGCAUUUGAAGUUGCGCUGGGAAAGACAAUCGAGAAAGACCAGCUUCACAAGCUCUUUCCUUCUUCGACUGCUGAUACGCCAGAGCACGGGGAGGAAUGGUAUGUCAGCCGAAAGCUUGACGGGGUCCGCUGCGUCGUCCAGGUCGAUAUCGCGUUCCCUCUGACAGAAGGAAAGCUCGAAGUUUUGAGCGUCGAGAGCUUCUCCCGUUCAGGUCGACGCUUCAACGGUCUAAAGAAUCUAGAGGAGGAACUCAAGGGAUUCAUUGCGGGCUCGACCGUUGCGCGCAAUAUCAUCAGCAAGUCGCUCGACGUGGGUCAGGAGCUGGGACCCCGGGGUGACAAGAUCGCUCGUCUGUACCUCGACGGUGAAUGCUGCGCAUUGAUACCUCGCCACAAGGCGCAUUCGACGUCGCCGAUGACAGAUCAUCAGGGGCAUCAGGUCGUGGUUGAUUCGUCGUCAGUCUCACCCUCAUCGGCAGUAGGGAAGGAAGAGGAUCCGCUGGCAUACUUUGUCGAGGACUUCACCUCAGUUGCGUCUGCGCUGCAAAGAAAGAACUUUACGAUCCAUCGACCGGCCUUUUUCCCCUUUGACGUCCUGACGUUUUCUGAGUUUGCCAACUGGAGGUCCGGCCCGCCAAGCUCAGCGACCUUUGAAGAGCGCGUGAAGACAAGGAUCGAGCCACUGGUCGACGAAUGCAACGUCAUGAGCGCAGAAGCGAGUCGGGUACCACUUGUCCGAAAGCUGCAUCAGGAAAAGAUCAAUACGCCGGAGCAGGUUCAUCGAUGGAUCGAGGAGGCAGCUGAGAGGGGCUGGGAGGGGAUCAUGUUGCGAAAGGCCGGUAGUCUAUAUGAGGGCAAGCGAACUACCGACAUUCGGAAGUUCAAACAGUGGCGUGAGGCCGAAUACGUCGUCGAGGAUGUCUCAAUCAACGAGAUGAGGCUGCCGAUUGGGAAAAAGUACGGCCAGAGACGAGCGCUGGCCUCUGUAUGGGUCGAUCACAAUGGCGUUAAAGUCUCCAUCGGGUCUGGCUUCAGCGUCGAGGAGCGACUUGCAUUCGCCGAAGAUCCGCAAUUGAUUUUGGGAAAGGAGAUCACGGUACAGUUUUUUGAAGAGAGCAAGAGCUCAGCCCGGACUGCGUCAGCAACCGUAUCGGGUGAGGGCCUUGGGGAUGGGAAGAUCGGGCAUCAGCUGCUCAGUCUGCGGUUCCCAAGGGUCAAAAAGAUAUGGAUGGAAGGGCGCAGAAACAUGUAGGAAUAUUUGGUAAAAGGUGCUUCUUCAGCUUAUUGAGCAGCACGAACAGUCAGGAUAAUCAAUAUAGUCGUCGUCAUCAGACGACGUGCUGAGACUGUCUGCAUACUCGUAGCGCGUCGAC